GUGCUUGUGGCACGCGACCGAUUUCAGAUCUUUCUCUUGGUGACGUCUCUUUCAAUUCCUACCAUCGUCUGGAUCGAUUGAAAUCAUUGAUUUCCAAUAGCACUUGAGAGCAACUACACAUCAUCACACAGCUACCCAACAUGACCUCCAACCAAGACCCUCAUCAAGGCGGCGACCUAAGCGACAUGGCAGCCAAAGGCACCAAAAUGCCCAACGACGCCGGCGACUACGAGGUCCUCCCCUCAGUCCCCGACGAGCAUCAGAAAGCCGAGAACCCGGCAUUCCACAACCAAUUCAUCAAUUCUGCCGAUCCCCAGGGCGCCGUCGACAACGCCGUGGAUAUGCCCCGACGCUUCAACGACUCCGGUGCGACGGGGGAAGUCAUCACUGGUACAGGUGACCAAAUGCCAGUCGAUGUGGAGCAGAAGCGAUUUGGGCUGGAUGAAGCUGGUGGGCCUGCGGCCAAGGGCCAUUCGCGGGAUGGCAAGGCGAGUUCGAAGCAUCAUAAGGAUGAGUUUGGACGGUUUGCUGGGGAGGGAGCUGAGGUUGAUCCGGCGCCUGGAGAGGAGGAGCUUGAGCAGGAUGAGAUUCGGGAUUCGAAGGGAGUGUAGGUGGAUUGUUUCAAUCUGAACCUGAGAUACUGAGACUCCGGCAACUUGGAUGGCUUGGUGAGACCGGCCAUGCCUUUCGACCACUCAUCUUCUUCGUGUCGCUGCGCGUGCAAUGCACCAUUGACUCUCACUAUCUCUCCAGAACGAUCAACUAAAGUCAUCAAGUGGUGUGCAAGGACAGCAACCAUAUCCUGUGGGAAGGCAAGGCCAACAGCCCGCGCACGGACACCACCCAAUCCCCGCUAAGCAGUUACCUAAGCAAACAGCUGUAUAAAAAUUUCUCG